UCUCCACAGUCAGUUUGUACUCCUCUAUCUUCGGCAUGCUGCAGCUACUGUGUCUGAUGACGACUCCUGUGAUUGGUCAGAUUAUGGACUGGAAGCUGAAGGACUGUGAAGAUGCAGAGGGGGAGGAGGAACCGUGCAGCAAGGACCAGCUCAAGGCCAAGCCCAGAGACAGACAGAUCCAGAAGGUGACCAAUGCAAUGCGAGCGUUCAUCCUGACCAACGUCCUAUUGGUGGGAUUCGGCAUCACCUGCCUGGUGCCCAACCUCCCACUGCAGGUAAGUGCUCCAUCCAGCUAUCAAUCAAACUAGUCGCCGCCUCCUCAC